CAUUGUUUUCUUCUCCUCUUCAUAAAAGAUCCAAUUUUUGAAGAUAAUAUUAUUCUAUACAGAAACGGACCAAAAGCCACUGGGGAAAGUGGAAAGACAACUCAAACCUCCCCCAUUAUUUCUACCAAACAAAAUAUCUCUCUCUCUCUCUCUCUCUCUCUCUCUGCAUAAACAAGUAGGAGUAUCUUGCAGUCUAUUGUAAACACACGUAUUACUAGACUCUGUAUUGCCAUUUGGAGUUCUGUAUUUGUUCUUCAGACGUCACCGUUGAUGGGUUGUUGAAUUUCUGCUUACUCCACAAGACCAAACAAGCUCUCUUAUUUUAAUCUUGAUUUCUGCUCUAAUUUUCUUGGAGUGUUUAACCAAGGAAGGUUGUUCACCCAUUUGCGUCCUUUUCAUUUUUUUUCCCCAUAUUAAUGCAACAAUGGGGUUUUCAUGGCUCUGAGACACCCUGCAAUGGAUGUUGAAGGAUGGAACCGCGGCAACCCAAUCAAGAAGGAAUCAUGGAGGACAGUCUUGACUCUAGCUUAUCAGAGCUUAGGUGUGGUAUAUGGGGAUUUAAGCACUUCACCUUUGUAUGUAUACAAAAGCACAUUUGCAGAGGACAUUCAGCAUUCAGAGUCUAAUGAGGAGAUAUAUGGGGUGUUGUCUUUUGUUUUCUGGACAUUAACCCUUAUCCCACUGCUUAAGUAUGUGUUUAUAGUGCUUAGAGCUGACGAUAAUGGUGAAGGGGGUACUUUUGCUUUGUAUUCUUUGCUAUGCCGCCACGCCCGGGUUAGUACUUUGCCCAAUUGCCAGCUAGCUGAUGAGGAGCUAUCGGAGUAUAAGAAAGUUGGAGAUAAGAGCCCCGGUUCAAGCCUAAAAUCAACAUUGGAGAAACAUAGAGUGUUGCAAAGGAUGUUGCUUGUUUUGGCUUUGAUUGGAACUUGUAUGGUUAUUGGAGAUGGAGUCCUUACACCUGCAAUAUCUGUGUUUUCAGCGGUUUCAGGGUUAGAGCUUUCCAUGUCAAAAGAGCAUCACCAAUAUGUAGAAGUCCCAGUUGCUUGUAUCAUAUUGGUAUUCUUGUUUGCACUCCAACAUUAUGGGACGCAUCGAUUAGGAUUCCUUUUUGCACCUAUUGUGAUAGCAUGGCUUGCAUGCAUCAGUGCUAUUGGUGUAUACAAUAUCAUCCGCUGGAAUCCCCAUGUUUACAAAGCACUCUCUCCUUACUACAUGUACAAGUUUUUGAAGAAGACCCAAAGGGGAGGUUGGAUGUCCUUGGGUGGGAUUUUGUUGUGUAUAACAGGUUCAGAAGCAAUGUUUGCUGAUCUAGGACACUUUUCACAGUUGUCCAUCAAGAUUGCUUUCACCUUUGUAGUUUACCCGGCCUUGAUCCUUGCAUAUAUGGGGCAAGCAGCUUAUCUUUCCAGGCACCAUAUUAUUGAAAACUAUUACCACAUUGGAUUCUAUGUAUCAGUACCUGAGCCAAUACGAUGGCCUGUUCUAGCAUUAGCCGUACUUGCAGCAGUUGUGGGAAGCCAAGCCAUCAUCACCGGGACUUUCUCCAUUAUCAAACAGUGUUCUGCUUUGGGUUGCUUCCCAAGGGUCAAAAUAGUACACACCUCACCCAAUAUUCAUGGCCAGAUCUACAUUCCGGAGAUCAACUGGACUUUGAUGGUGUUAUGUUUGGCUGUUACUAUUGGUUUCAGAAACACAAAACACAUAAGCAAUGCAGCAGGUUUGGCGGUUAUAACUGUUAUGCUGGUAACCACCUGCCUAAUGUCUCUGGUUAUUGUCCUUUGCUGGCGCAGAAAUGUAUUCAUAGCCCUUUGCUUUAUAUUAUUCUUUGGUUCCAUAGAAGCGCUCUACUUCUCAGCUUCACUCAUCAAGUUCCUUGACGGUGCAUGGGUGCCUAUUGCUCUCUCACUUAUCUUCCUAGUAAUCAUGCAUGUUUGGCACUACGGAACUGUCAAGAAAUACGAAUUCGAUGUCCAAAACAAGGUUUCCAUCAACUGGCUACUGAGCCUUAGUCCUAACCUUGGAAUCGUGCGGGUCCGUGGCGUUGGCCUUAUACACACUGAACUUGUAUCCGGUAUUCCCGCCAUGUUCUCUCACUUUGUCACCAAUCUCCCCGCUUUUCACCAGGUUUUAAUCUUCCUAUGCAUCAAAUCAGUUCCAGUGCCUCAUGUAAGACCCGAGGAAAGGUUUUUGGUUGGAAGAAUUGGCCCGAAAGGGUACCGGAUCUAUCGGUGCAUAGCAAGAUACGGAUACCGCGAUAUUCACAAGGAUGACGUGGAGUUUGAAAAAGACCUUAUAUUUAGUAUCGCGGAGUUUAUUCGGUUUGACCAGCCAGAUUGCAAUAUCGAGGACGACGAAAGGAUGACUGUCGUCGGAACUUCUUCAACAAACACAGAAUGCGUAAAAAUGCGCGAAGGAGAUGGCGAGAAUUCUUCUGAAAUGGAAGAGACUUUAGAACUGAGGGAGAUAAUGCCGCCUGAGAAGCCGAGGAAGAGGGUGAAGUUUCUUCUGCCGGAGAGUCGCGAGAUCGGCACGAGCGCACGAGAGGAGAUGCAGGAGUUGAUGGAAGCAAGGGAGGCAGGGCUGGCCUUCAUAAUGGGGCAUUGCUAUGUGAGGGCAAAGAGUGGUUCAUGUUUGAUCAAAAGAGUUGUGAUUAAUUUAGGGUAUGAUUUCUUGAGGAGGAACUCAAGGGGGCCAGCCUAUGCAUUGGGUGUUCCUCAUGCUUCCACUCUAGAGGUUGGGAUGAUUUACCAUGUCUAGUUGUGAUUACAAACAUGGUUUUUGUGUACUAUUGUAAAUGAUAGAUCAGGGGUUUUUUUUUUGGUAGCCAUUACCCCAAUCAGGUAUUUUAUAUGGAGAUUAUAUGAAGCGGCGUAAAAGAGUUCCGUUAAUUAAUAAAGUUACAACGAUAAUUUCCCUUCAUGGGCGA